UGCCUGCACCGCCCCGUGCAAGCUGCUCGCCGCAGGAGCGGCUCCGUGCGCUGCGGAGAAGGCCCUUAGCAGCGAGCAUGGCCGGCCGAGCACGGCGCUAGCCCCCGGGCAGCUCCGCAGCCAGGCCCUGUCCCCAUCGCGGGGCAGAGCCUUAGCAGCAGCUGGAUACAGAUUUCCUUUCCACUACAAAGCUCCACAGAUUAAGCUCACGUUGCCGCCGCCCCCCCUCCACCCACCCACACGCUGUUUUCUUUACUGAUGCCUGGUUUGGCCGAGACCUGGGCAUCCUUACAGGAGUUAGGAACUGGCAUUACUCCUAAUGUCCUGGCGAUUCCGCUAGCGAUAAUUUACCUUCUCCUUGACUUCCUUCUGCAGCUUCCAUUAGCUACAGUAACAUUCUUCAUGCCCUGUCUGAACCCACUGUGCUAUUAAACUCUUUGUUCCACUCCCAAGAGUGGGUGAUGUGACUCCCAGGAGUACAUGGGAUUGAGCAUCAUCAGAAUGCAUGGCAGUUUAGGGCAGGAAAUGUAGACUGCCGUCUCCCGAGGGUUCAAUCACUCAGUGGUACCAGCGCUCUUUACAGGGUGUGGUGUGUGCGCCAGUGAGUUCUUUGAUGGCUGCUGAGUCCAGUGGGCUAGGGACAGCACCAUCCACCAGUAGGGCAAACCCACACACAAGCAAUGCUCUGAAUCCAAGCAACAGAUUCAUUCCUCCUCUGACCCCGGUCAUCACAAAGCUUGAUCCAGUCCAUCUCGCAAUGCUUCGCUCCAUCUACAAGCUGACUCCAUCAACCAGAGCGGCACUCUGCAUUCCUUUCCGAAUCAUCCACAGCGAUUCCAAAGGAUACUAAGUCCUCUUUGCAAGCAUCCCAAAAUCUGCGCAGCGCACUGCCUCUCUUUCUAGACCCUUCGCGAGCUUCAGAGUACAGCACACUCUUUGGGAUCCUGUAGUCCAGCACUCGCUUGACAUGUCCAAGCCACCUAAGUCUUUUCUUACUAAUGAAUGUUCCUGUGAAUGACAUACCAGCAUGAUUUAACACUUCCACAUUUGUCACACUGUCUUGCCAUCUUAUUCAAAGAAUUUUACACAUGCAUCUGAUAUGAACCGGGGAGUAUCAGCUUUCCUCUGCCCAACUCGUCUGAGGGCCCUAUCUGGUCCGAGAGAUUUGAUAGAUGGAUAAUAAAAUGGCGUUGGUUCCCUAUAACUACAGUGCAGUCUGGGGAUUGCAGAAGUUCCAUAAAUCUUCAUCUGUGUAUCAUUUUGCCAACCACACAAUCCAAAUCAAACAAAACUGGAGGCAACUGGGUGUAGCAGCAGUCGUAUGGGACGCAGCUGUAGUCCUGUGUACUUAUCUGGAGAUGGGAAGUAUUGAUCUGCAAGGGCGCUCAGUGAUUGAAUUAGGAGCAGGAACUGGAUUGCUGGGAAUAGUGGCCACAUUAUUGGGUGCUCAUGUCACCAUCACAGACAGGGAAGCCACACUGGAAUUUCUCAAGUCAAACGUUCAGGCUAACUUACCUCCCGACCUCCAGCCGAGAGCUGUGGUAAAGGAACUGACGUGGGGAAGAAACUUGGGGAACUUCUCGCCAGGAAAGUUUGACUUUAUCCUGGGCGCAGACAUCAUUUAUCUGGAAGACACCUUUGCAGAUCUGCUUCAGACACUGGAGCACUUGUGCUCAGAACAUACUGUUAUUCUGUUAUCGUGUCGGAUUCGCUAUGAACGGGAUCAGAAUUUCCUGGGGAUGCUGAAGGGACGAUUUUCGGUAUGUGAGGUCCACUACGAUCCUAGUAAGGAUGUACGUGUGUUCAAAGCACAGAAGAGCAUUCACAAGGAAGACUUUUGACUGCAUUUGUUUUCUCCAAUAUCAAACACUACUGAAGCUGUAGGAACUGUGACACUGAAGACCUGUCAAUAGCAAGAUACGCCAAAUAGCAGGGUGAUUUUAGAGCAAGACAUUUUAGGAUUCACACAGAGAGUGAACAUUCCUUGGUGCACCCACGUGUGUGUGUACACAUGCACAAAAAAAAGGGAUAUUGUGAGAUCAAGACAAAUGGAUUUUUAAAGACACAAUCAGCCUUUGGGUCUCAAAGCGUGGUUACAGCAUAGUAUUCCAAGCAUCACCACCUCAGUUACAUUAUUGCCAUGAAACUGCUUCUCUUAUUCUGACCUGAUAAGUUUUCAAAUAGGUUAAGGGCUCUCAUAAAGAGGACGGUGAUGAAUUGUUCUCCAUGUCUGCUAAAGGUAGGACAGGAAGUAAAGGGCUUAAUCUGCAGCAAAGGAGAUUUAGGUUAGAUAUUUGGAAAAACUUCCCAGCUAUCAGGGUGGUUGAGCUUUGGAAUAGGCUUCCAAGGGGGUUGUGGAAUCCACAUAAUUGGAGGUUUUUAAGAACAGGUUGGACAAACACCUGUCAGGAAUAGUCUAGAUUUACUUGGUCCUGCCUCAGUUCAUAGAACUGAACUAGAUGCCUCUUGAGGUCUCUUCCAAGCCCUACAUUUUUGUAAUUUUAUGAUUCUCUACCCUAACUUGUUUAUGUGGUUCAAUCAUCUAUUUUGACUACUAUCCUUCAGAAUUGCUGUUUCUGGGUGGGGUUUUGUUUUUUUGUAAACAGACCUCUCAGAGUCAGGUUAUUGUGUUUAUAAUUUGUAAUACAGCUGAGGCUCACCCCAUCCAAAACCACUAACCAAGAUCUAGUCAUGGUCCAUCACAGUGAUGGUAUAAUUUACCCGACAGGAGAGAGCCAAGAUAAUACAACGGGUUGUCAAAAAAUAAAUAAAAGGGAUUUUACUUAAAUUGGAACAAAUGGAACUGGAUUCCACCUACCCACAAUAACAUUAAACAGAUGAAGACUGUAUAUAAUAAAAACAUUUAUAACCGGG